UUCCCCGGCGGUGGUUCUAUCCGUUGUUGGCUUUGACGGCUCGAGCUUUUCAACGUCGAGUUGAACUGUUUAAAUUAUAUGGAGGCAGUGGCCGCUCGUGUCGGCAAAUCGUUCCUUGUCUAGUGAAACUCACAACGAUAACCUGGCCGGGGUGUUUAGUCUGUACUUGUCAAAGCCAGGGGAUCUAAACGAGGCCCUCACUCCAUCCCCGGAUUCACCUGCUACGCGAAGAGCCUCACACGGAAGACCGACAUGGGGGACACGGGGAGCGAGGGCAGCAAGCCUCCGAGUAACGUUAACGUUAUACCCCCGCGCUGCCCUUGUGGUUUCUGGGGGUCGAGCAAAACUAUGAAUCUCUGCUCGAAAUGUUUUGCAGACAUUCAGAAGAAACAGCCAGAUGAUGAUUGUGCCCCAAAGGCCUCCUCAAGCUCCAGCAGCAGCCAAGCAGACAUCUUCUGCAAUGAAACAAACAGCAGCAUUAGUCAAUCACUGAUGUCGAUGCCUAACACAUCAGAAGACCCUUUGCCAGGAGAGACCGGAGCAUCAUCUCCAGCUGCUCAGGACGAAGCAUCCAGCACAGACGCAGUCUUCACUUCACUCUCCACUCCCACAAAACGCUCCUUUGAGUCAGCCUCGGAGUCAGAAAGCGACGUUUCCCCAGAGAAGCGAGCAAGAGUGGGUGAGGUGCCAGAGGGUGAGAAGUCUUCGUCAUCAUCGUCAUCUUUGUCGGCAUCAUCAUCAUCAUCAUCUCGCAGCAGCUCUAAACAGCGGAGCCGCAAACGUUGCCAUCGCUGCCAAACCAAACUGGAGCUGGUGCAGCAAGAGCUGGGUUCCUGUCGCUGUGGUUACGUCUUCUGUAUGCUCCACCGGCUCCCAGAGCAGCACGAGUGUCUGUUUGACCACCUGGGCCGUGGCCGCCAGGAGGCCGUCCUAAAGAUGGUCAAGCUCGACCGCAAGGUGGGCCGCUCAUGCCAGCGCAUCGGAGAAGAGUGCUCCUGAGCGGCUUCCCCUCUGAUGAAUCUCCACGUUCAAACGGUGUCUUAGCACUAACAGGGAUUAUAUUCUUUUUUUUCUCUUCUCAUUUUGUUUUUCACGAUUUUUGCAGUUUUUUUUUUUUAAUACAAACCUCCGCCAUUUUCUUUUAAAUUAUGCUCGCUCUUUUUGAAAUCCCACUGUUACCCGUGUCCUGGUUGUUUUCUUCCUCUAUUAGCUUGAUCGUAUCCCUGCUGCUGAGAUGCCUUUUGGACAAAUCCAAACCCAGGAAGGACAGAACAAUAAAGAGCAACGGAAAUAUACAAUUUUUGCAAGUGUGAGCAGCGUAAGAACAAAUGAAAGGAUGAAGAGAAGAAAUACAACGCUUUAUACAAAUGUUUGUCCCAGAAGCCAGUUCAAGACUAUGUUCUAUACCUCAAAAAAGAAAAAAAAAACAAAAACAAAGAAUGACGAGGAGGAAGGGAUGGCUACCCUUUGUGUACACUUGUGCUUUGGCGCUGUUAAUUAUAGACUGUGCUCUUUACCUCAAAAUCAGACAGAGCUGCUUUGUACUCUGCGCCGAGCGUGGACUUGGUGAAGCAAACCGAGCUAGCCAGCCUCAGAUUUAAGUCAGUGUCUUACCCCCUCUGGCCGUCCACUAAUCCUAAACUUUUAGAAACACCGACACCUGUUAAUCACACACCUCAGGUUAUCAGGAUACCCAAGCCCCAGUCUUCACCCCUCCUCCCACCAACUUGCAUCCUUCUCUUUUCCUCUGCGGGACGCCUUUUACACCUUUAUCUGUUUGUUUUAAGAUUGUCCCGAGGGUGUUUCUGCUCUGUUGAGGAGGCGAUUGUGGACGAUGAAACUGGGGUGAUACUAUAAGUCCGCCUUUACGCUGGUGGGAGUGAGCUGGUUGUCCCUGGAUUGCGCACAGAUCUGUCUUCAACGUCGGGAUUUGAUUGAUCAAGACUUAAUACGUUUGCAGAUUUUCUCUGUCUUCCUCUUCUCCUCUUUGUCUUUAUCUGCUUGUUCUCCACAGCCCUCGCACAUGAAGACGUCAUCUCCACGCCCAUGAUUCUCUUUUCCGCAACGUGUGGAUCAUAUGUGCCGGAUAUGUGCAAGCGUCAGGAAGACAAGACAUUAAAGUAUGCGUGAGAUUUAUGACCUAUGGACCUGAAACGUCUGCAUUCUACAUGUCUGCACAUCACUAUGCUUUUACAAACACACACCUUUAUGUCGUUUUACGCGCUCAGCUGUUGUCCACAUUGAGCACGAACACAAACCUUGCUGUACAAGUUGACUUUGGACUGAAGCUGAAAUGGCAGCGCAUCACUCAGUUCAUGUGUAGGAUGGGUGAUGGUUGAUAUAGUUCAGGUUUCUCAUAAUGUCUUGGGCCUUUAUUUCAAUAAUCCACAUUUUUAAGGUAAUGUUUGGCGCCAGCUUUGAUACGAGACUUCAUAUUAUCCAGUACUUUAAUAUCCCUCCUUCCUUUAAAGCCCCUCGUUUUCAUUUCCAGCUACCAUGAUGAGCUCACAUGCAUUCUCCUCCUCCUGGCAUUCACUUUCCUUUUCUCAUCUGUCCCCUUAUUGAUUGCUCUAUUUUUCCUUAUUUCACCCUCUCUGCCCCCUCCCCUCUGUCUCGCUGUAGAUGAGGGAGGUGGCGGCUGGGGUGAGCAGAGUGCUGAAAGUUAAAAUCAGCAAAUAAUUACUUUCCAAAUGUUUUCCUGGUGGUCUGUGGAAGGAGUGAACAGAAAAUGCAUAAUGAAUGAAUAUUCUGUAUCUUAAAGAAAACCUUAUUUAACCCCUUUUUGCGUUUCACUUACACUUUAGUGUAGAGCUGCUUUUUUUUGGUUGUAAUGUGGUUAUAAAAUGGGAAGAUGAACUUGGAAGAUACAAUAUUUUUGUUUCCAUUGCUUUACUUCUUGCUUCCCCUUUCCAACAUUUUCUUUUACUGAGAAAGAAUAAACUGGAUUAG